AUGUUUGGGUUUCUGUUUUCUUCCCCUCUUGCAUGUGCAAUAUUUAAUUUCAAUUCACUCCAGGGAGAGAUUGGGAAUGUUACUCUAAACAUCCCUGCCUAUAAUCUUUGGAGGCUUAUUAUCACAUCUGAGACUCUUCAUUGGGGAAGUUAUUUUUGUAACUCAGAUUUUGGGAAAGCUGAGGAGCAUGACAAGAGAGGGUUCACAGUACAAAAAUAUGAGAAACAUUGGGGCAUGGUAGAGCAUCAGAACCAAUUUGAAUUUGCAAGAUGGAGCAGCCAAGUUAUUGGCUAUGUGGAAGCAGGGUUUGGGGCCCAACACACUGCACUGUGGACUUGGCACAUACAGAUAUCAGAAAAAUUGCCACUGUGA